AAUAAUCUGUCAAGAGAAAUACAACUCAGAUACACACAUGUCAUCACCAUCACCAAAGUGAUACUGUUUCCUCUUUUAAAACUCACUGAAAACGAAUGAGAUCACCUUUGAAUGCAUUAAACUAAGCAUUCUGUUGAGAAAACAAAAUGAUAAGCACUUCAAAUAAACAUGAUAUAUUUUUAUGCUUAUUCUUUGUGGCGAUACUACUUAAUCAAACGUCCACAAAGGAAAUAAACUACAACUCUGAUAUAUUAAAUUUACACAAUGUUUAUACUAAAGAACAAUUAACUAGUCAACAGAAACAAUUAUUAAAGACUAUUCAUAUCCCAGAGAUUGAUUUUGAAGUAAAUGGAGAAUUUCCAAUCCUUAAAACUUUUGAUUUAUUUCAAAAUGGAGUUGCGAAUUCUAAAAACGUUUCAAAUUCAUUGUUUCGGUCGAAACGAGAUGUUUCACGGGAUGUAAAUGAAAUCUCAUUAAAUGAUAAACAAACGAUAAUGAUUAAAAGUCGAAUUCAUUCUCCAUUGAAAUGGAACGACGAAUUAAACGAUCCAGAAUCAGAGAGUUAUAAAAUUUUGUCAACCAGCUAUUGUGAAUUUUUAUUAGAAAGUUUUCAGCGUACAGAUAUACAAGAGUUACAACGGCCAAAAUGUAUAUUCUUACAAUUUUCCAAAGGUUCUAUUUUCUUGAACGCAUUAAUAUCAUUUAAUCAAGCUAUCAAUUCAUUAUUUUCGCCUGAAAAUCUAACGAAUACACUUAUAGAUGGCAGCAAAAAAUUGGUUGAUGCAAUAGUUAAUGAUAAGCAAUUUCAUUUAGGAUUCAGUUUAAGUGGUAAUUUUUCAUUAACACUUACGAAUAUCAAAGAAGAAUCUACUAUACCACCGCCCCCAACCCUACCACCAUCUACGUCAGACAUAGAAUUCAAAACAACAAGUGCCAGUGAACAAACAGAAGCGUCUCCAAUGAAUACAACGUUCAAACCUCAGUCAGAUGAAAUGACAUCUCAACCGGAAGAUUUAAAUACGACCUAUGCAACAACUCAACCUGUAACAACUAUAGCAACUCCAAAUAUUCAAAUGUUAGCGGUCGGCUUCGAACUUGUCAAAGGAGAUGAAGAACUACAAUGGGAUGAAAGCUUGAAUGAUGUCGACUCUGAAAUUUACCAAAAUUUAUCUAAAAGUGUUUGUGAUAUGGUCCUAACAAGUUUAAAUGCUGCAAGCUUGGACAACUGGCGUGCAGAAUGUGUAUCGGUUAACUUCACUAAAGGUUCAGUAGUAGCCAAUGUCACUUUAUUGUUUAUACAAGAAACCACUUCAACUGAUGCAAUUCAAUUAAAUUCUACGCUCACAGAGAUUGUAGCCGAUGCAAUUGUGACUUUUGCAAACACUACAAACACUACUACUGGCUUAGGUAUUAAUCUAGAAAGCAGUGUUGUUAUAACACCUAUUGCUAUUGUACCAGAAAUCAUUGUUACAGAACCUCAAACAUUUUAUUCAACAGACACAGAGAUUUCUACAGAAUCAUACACGCAGCUUUACACUGAUGCCUAUGACAGCAGUUCAUAUACUACAAUGACUGUUGGAGUUAGUAGUUCAGAAUCGGUGUCGCUGACAUCACUGCCAGUAAAUGAAACAGAUGAGUAUGGAACAGAAGUGACAACAUUGUUGACUAGUAAUGAAGAAUUUGGGCAUACUUCACCGUCCUACAGUGAAACCGAUACUGAGAUACCACAAAUCACAUAUAUGUUGGCUUUAAACUUUAAAAUUAAAAGCUCUAAUGAUUCUUUAAAAUGGAGUGAUGAAUUAUUGAAUACUACUUCAAGCCUGUAUCGAGAAUUAUCCGGGAACGUGUGUCGACUGCUUUCAGAAAUUAUGGAGUUCAUUCUGCAAUCACACUUGGUCAUUGAAUGUAGUAGUAUAACAUUCAAACAAGGCUCCAUUGAUGUGAAUACUGUUCUAAUUUUAACAUUCAACGAAACACUAAAUGGCACGACCUUACAAUAUUCACCAAGUUUAUUAAAUGAAUCAAUUAUCGUUACGGGAAUGAACGAAUAUAUCAAAAAUCAGAGUGAAAAUAAUACUUUUGGAAUCUAUAUCGAUCCAAACUCGACUAUUUCAGUGCAAUUGUUAACAGGAAGCACUGAAUCGACAGUUGAUACUACUACAUCAUGUACAAUGAGUGAAGAUAACUUCAGUCUAUCAACAGGAACAUCUGAAAAUAUUCCUUUAAACAUAACAGAUAUGUCAACUAUGGGUGGUGAACAAACGUCUGAAGUAAUGGAAAAUGUUACUGUCUCAGAGUCGAUAAGCAGUUCACCUGACUAUUCAUUUUCCAGUGGAUAUACUUCAAAUAUAGGUGCAACUGUGCAGACGGUUACUUUGGUGAUCUCAUCACCGUUGGCCAGAGCGAAUAAGUCAUUGGAGUGGAGUGACAGUCUUCUGGAUCCGACUUCAGCCCUGUAUCAGGAAUACUCCAAAGAACUCAUCAAAAGCAUGACGGCAGCUGAAAUCGAAGGGCUACUCAACGUCACUUGCACCGUGAUUGGCUUUGAACGUGGAUCAGUGAUUGGAAAUGCGGUAUUAACUAUCCAACAUGACAAUUCCAGUGAGAACUUCUCAACAAGCAGUGUGGCGGAACAAACUGUUCUCACUGCAAUUGUCCAAUACACAGAAGAACUAGUUACCAAUGGUACUGAUCAGGUGUACUUUGGUGCAGCCACCAACAUUACGAUAGAAGGUAAUAUAUUUAUACUUCGAUUCCACUUUCUAACUUCACUUUUUUUCGUUUGA